AUGGGAAAAUCCAGCAAAGAUAAGCGCGACUCUUACUAUCGCCUUGCAAAAGAGCAAGGUUGGCGUGCUCGUUCCGCUUUCAAGCUCCUUCAGCUCAACUCUCAAUUCAAUCUUCUUUCCAAUGCUACUCGUGUAGUUGACCUUUGUGCUGCGCCUGGUUCUUGGUCUCAAGUGCUCUCCCGCACACUCCCACCAACAUCUACUAUUGUCGCAUUGGACCUACAGCCCAUGACACCCCUCCCGGGUGUUAUAACACUUCAAGCCGACAUAACCCAUCCCUCCACACUCCCACUUCUUCUCUCACAUUUGGGAAACCAGCCUGCAGAUCUGGUCAUCUCUGAUGGAGCCCCAGAUGUAACCGGGCUGCAUGACCUUGACGAAUACAUUCAAUCACAAUUGCUUUUGGCUGCACUCAACCUUGCUACAUGUGUCCUCGUUCCUGGAGGAGGAUUUGUAGCCAAGGUAUUCAGGGGUCGCGACGUUGCUAUCGUUUUUGCGCAAUUGCGGUGCCUUUUCGAUCGGGUGACAUGUGCAAAGCCAAGGAGCUCGCGCGGAAGUAGUAUCGAAGCCUUUGUGGUCUGUGAGGGAUAUAGGCCACCACAGGGUUUCCAACCAUCACUUGAAGCACCUCUAGGACUAGGGACAUCAUUCCCAGAGGUAAAAACCACAACUGUGCAGGAGAAUCAAAACCUCGUGGAUGGGGUGCAAGGGGUUUUAUUAGAAAGCAUAAAUGGGGAGGAAGAGGGUGUAGGACAAGAUGGAAUGGACGUUGUUCGGUACAUAGCACCAUUUAUAGCAUGUGGGGAUCUAAGUGCAUACGAUUCAGAUGCGACAAACCAGCUACCAGAUGUCGAUGAGGAUGGACAAAAGAGAUCGAGUAUAGAUCCGAUACAACCCCCAACAGCACCCCCGUAUAAAACUGCUCUGGAAAUGAGAAGGCAGCUAGGCGGUGGAGGUGUCUUGCGAUAG